AACUUCUAUUUACAAUUUCAAUUUUCCAGAAAAAUUCUUGUGAAGAAAUUCAAAGAAAUGGCUUCUAAGACGCAAAUUUUGUCUCUGUACAAAUCGCUUUUGAGAGAAUCGGAGAAAUUUCCUAACUACAACUUCAGAUCAUAUGCAAUUAGGAGAGUAAGGGAUGCCUUCAAAGAGAAGAAGACAAUCACAGAUCAGAAACAAGCAAUGAAAGAAAUUGAAUAUGCGAAGGAAAAUCUCGCAAUAAUUCAAAGACAGACCUCAAUCGGGAACAUGUUCAAAACAGAGAAACUCGUCAUAGAAAAUACCCGAUAAUCAAAAUGGCUUCCGAAAAUGACCUUCAACGACAUAAUAUAAGUUAUUGACUUGAAUACCUAGUAAGUAGUUGACUUAAUUCACUUUUAAGAGCCUGCAAUACACUAUACAGCCAGGAUUUUAACCCAUACAUACUAUAAUAUAAUAUAACAUACAUAAUUAGCUUAAAUAUCGACACCUUAUAGCGAACCACGUAAGCUCCAUUUUGAAAAAUCUCUUUCGGAUGUGAUUUUUAACAAAACCACGCAAUAGACGCGCUAAUUUAUAUCAUUCGAAUUUCAAAAAUUCGAAUUUCAAACAUUCGAAGGUCAAACAUUCGAAUUACAAACAUUUAGUUUUGUUGAAAAAGGCGAUUAUGAGGUUUUCUUUUCACUAUAAUAAGGUAACUCCAUGUAGCCUAUACACGUCCUACUGCUAAGCAGAGACCUUCACUCAAUCAGUCAUGAGCAAUGUCAUGUACCCACUUCAGAAUCGUGGGUCUAGGAUCAUAUUUGACAUUUAAUGAGACUUAGGUUUAAUUUGUCAAAAAAGUUAUUGUGACGUUUUCGUAUCGGGUCAUGCCCGGCCAAGUAGUUAAUGCCAUAUGCGGCAAGUCUACGAUAUUAUGUCAAUUUAAAAAAAUAGGCCCGUUAGACUAAAGUAAGACCCAGAGGGGGUGAAGUGGACACCCGAUAGGAAAUGGUGCGGGGCGGAGUGUUACCGUUCUAAACGUUGUAUUCCUUACGUUCUACUAUAGAGAACCUUACCCUUAAAUAACUCAGUACCUCACUAGUAUAUUCUUUAUUUCACUGCCAAGUAGCUUAUUACUUUAUUAAACAGUAACAGUGAUGUAACUUUCCCGAGAAUGUUCCCACUUUGGGAUCACUAGAGCAAAAAGGCGCAAAACUAUAUAGUCGUAAGACCGAAUGUCCUUUUAAAAUCCAAAGCCCAUUGUUUAACUAUUGUGUCUGGCAAUCUGGGUCUUGGAGGUUAUACAAACACCAGAUUACAAGAAAGAACAAUUUGAAAAAGAAAAGCAGCCAAUGUCCUUACUAUUAAAAGAGGUUUUUCAACGGGAACAUUCCCGUUCUGGGAGCAUUCCCGCUCUGGGAGCAUUCCCGCUCUGGGAGCAUUCCCGCUCUGGGAGCAUUCCCGCUCUGGGAGCAUUCCCGCUCUGGGAGCAUUCCCGCUCUGGGAACAUUCCCGCUCUGGGAACAUUCCCGCUAUGGGAGCAUUCCCGGGAAGGGGCACGUUACUGAACAGCACAGUGUACUCUCUAUUUAGUAAAUAAAAAUGAGAAUUAAGUCAAGUAUAUCAAGUCAAUAAAGGUGCUCAUUUUGGGGAAAAAAAACUGAAUUUUAAUUUAGUUUGACUCUCAGAGGAGUUAUAGACGGCAGUUGCCUUUAAGCACACCCCGGACACUUCAUACAAAUAACCUUGACGUUAUCGUACACGCGCAUCUGUGUGUGUGACGCCCAUACGAUUAAAGACUAAAGUAAGACCGAGGGGUGGGGGGGGGGGGUGAAGUAAACCUAGCUCUUUUAGGGAAUACGCCCUUUUGGCAGACGAGCACGCGUGCGCUUGGUAACUUCCGUCUAUAAUUUCUCUGUCUGACCGUUUCAAAAAUAGUACUGUCCUUUACUCACUAUAAGUACAAAAAAGAGAUAGAGCUGGUUUUGGAACUGGCUAACUAAACUAAAACGAAGUUUGUGUUUCUCAGAAUCGGCACCAGUGUAAACAUAGAUAUUCUCUGAGUACGUAAGAUGUAAUAAAAAUACAAUAGAUUUAAAAUUUUAAACUGACGAGAAAUCAACAUCACAUUUGCAAGUAAUAUUUUAAAAAGGCGACACUGAUUGCAGGAUGGCAACCCAUUUUUUUUUUAUUUAAAGAGGAACCUUAAAUAAUUAAGUACAAACGUAAGCUAGAUUGAGGCCAAUUACAAGCUUCAACAUUUAGAAGAAAAGCACCACGAAAUAAAUCCAGCGGAUUUUAAUGGAACUAAAUGACAAGUCAUAAUAAUUCUACGCAGAUACUGCGACACUAGCGCCGCUGUCGCGGGAAUUUCGUGUCGCGGAGUCUAGCGCGAAGCAUAAAAAAUGUUGUGUAUAAAAAAUAAUGUAUAAUGUAACAUCUUUGUUAUAUCAAAGAAUAUGGUUAUAAAAUAACCUACACUUUAAUUAAAUAAAAUUAUAAAAACGCACAUAAAAGUAACGAGCUAUCAAUAGUUACUAGAUUUAUACAUUGUUUUAAGUUUACGCGGUUAUUAUCAUAAUUAAAGCACAUAAUAACGGGUUCUUACCGCGUUUAAAUGGGGAUAUGAGACUCCCGAUAUUUCGAAACUGUUGCAAGUGCCAUGAUCACGGGAUGACUGAUGAGAUUGGAGUGGAGUAGGUAGAUCCAUAAUUUUCUACGGGCAGACAUAUUUGUCUACCCUCUUUCUUUGCCGCUUGUUUAUGUUUUUGAUAUCGGAAUGUUCGGAACCAUCUGAACUCGCACUAAACUCACUACGACAAACCGCACUCACUGUGUCCUCACGUUUUGUCACCACAUUAGGCCGUUUCAAGCUUUUUACAACACCUCAAAACAAUCUAAAAAAAAAAGAAAAAAGAAAAAAGAAAAAAAAAGAAAGAAUAUAAAGAAUCUUAUCUUAUCUUAUCCUCAACCGAACCCGUUAUUAUGUGCUUUAAUUAUACUUACUAAAUUUGUCCACGAGGCGUAUUUAUUACGUAAACGUGGCGCCACUAGCUUAUACAGAUUGUUUUAUCUCAAUGGUUUCGUUGUCUUUCGGUGUUGCCAUCCUUACUCCAAUGCUGCCAGUAAAAAAAAAACAAUUUUCGUAAUUAUAAUAUAAGUAGACGCACCUCAAAAUAAAUAGUUUUGUAAAGUAAAUAAAAUGUAUUAUAAGUUGCAUUUUGUGUAGAUUUAUUGUUAAAUUAUAAGUUGUUGUGUAAAUAAAUGAAAUUGUAUCUAAUCCUG